GAGUCGACCGCCGGAAAGCAUACAUGCGUAUCGGAUUUUUCAAGGUUGUAUUUAAACAUUUCAGCUCUGACACGGAAGUCGAUGAAGUCCAAAUACUACGAAGUGAGAUGGAGGUUAUGCUAGGCAGGGGACGAGUUCGAAGCCAACCUUUAGAUGCCUGGAAUGGAAUCAAAUGCAGACUCAUCGAUAUCAUCAAUACGGACAGAGACACUGAACGAGAAUUUCUGAUCUUAUCGACAUCAAAAGUAGGACGAGAAGUGAAGAAUGGAGAGCAGUUUUUCGAGACCCUCGAAAAUAAUUAUAGUGAGCAUUGUCAUGUGGUGGAAUUUCUCAUCAACCUAACCGAGGAAAUUAGACUUCAUGUGGAUGAUGGUGUUACUAAAGUUAGUGAUGAGUUGCGCAGAUACUUGCAAGAUGUGAAAGAUUAUGACGAUAAACUUACUGAAAAGGGGCUGGGAGCAAAAUGCUUUGUUGGAAGAGAAAUCGAAAUUGCCGAUAUUUUGGAAACGUUAACACAGGAGAACGAGAGAAAGGGACUACUGAUUUGUGGAAUGGGUGGUAUGGGGAAAACCAGUUUGGCCAUGGAAAUCUGCCGCCACCUUUACAUAGAAGCUAAAUGGAAUGUGCACAAGGUAGACCUGAGAGAGGAGACAACGCUGAGAGAUUUGAUACGCAACACUCUCACUCGGCUUGGAGAAAAUCUGACAUUUUCUGCUAGUAGUCAAUCAACAGACGAUACAGUGGAAAAUAAUCAUUUAACGCAAUUGAAAGAAUUGCUUCUUCAGAGAUGUUGUGAUCAAAAGACAAAUUCCGUUUUGUUGUUUGAUAAUAUUGACGAUAUCUUGGAGAAGGACAGACAAAGAUUUCUUGUUUUUGUUCAGCAGCUACUACAAAAGUUGGCUUCAAGUCCUCGUGAGAAUAGCAUGCGGAUACUUUUCACUGCGAGAGAAAAACUAUUGAACAGCAAUACAAUUCCUUUGCUUAGUGGGUUGAUUCAAGAAACUGAAAUCAGAGGGUUAAGUGAGGAAGCAGCUAUUGUAUUAUUUAGAAUGACUCCUAUAAUGGAGACCAGUGUUGAUACAGUGAGGAAAAUUGUUGCUUUAUGUGGAAAUUGUCCUUUAGCCAUAUUGUCGCUGUGUAACAGCAUAAGAAACACAGAUGUAACAGCAGAAAAGUUGUUGUUUAACCUCCAAAUGACCCAACAUGACGCAGGGGGGUUACAGAGUUUUGGAGUUAGAUCGUGCUUGAAGCAAUCCUUCAACCGUUUGAAUAGGGAGCUCCGUCGAUAUCUAGUUAUGCUGUCAGUUUUCCGUACAGCUAAGUUUGACAUCUAUGCUGCAAAUGCAAUUGCUGGUAGAAGCAAGAGUAGGGGAAAAGCGUUGACGUCCCUUGAUCUUGUGCAUCUGAAAAGCUGCCACUUUGUGGAAAUAGCAGUCCAGGAAUUUUCUGUCGGACGAUCUAAAGCGUACUGUUUGCAUCCAUUAGUCGUCCAGUUCUUGAUAAAUGAAAUUGAUACCCAGGAAGGCUACGACAAAUUUCACAAGUUGGCAAAAAAUAGAUUCAUUGAAUAUUUCGAUGAAGUGAUUCUGUCAAUAUCAUUGGAUCUUCAUACACAUCCAACAAAAUUUCAGAAAAGUCUUAUUGAAAACAAAACGCACAUUCAAAGUUUCUUCAACUAUGUAAUUACAUCUGGUAGAAAUCUUCAAAAAGUGUGCGUUGAUUCGCCAGGUAUGGUAAGCGAAUUUCGUAAAGAUGAAUUGUGUUCCGCGGUCUUGAGUGAUCACGAACGAAAUCAAUUUUAUGAUCAGUAUAUUAAAUAUGCGAAGGAAAAUGGCUUCGUCCUGGAUGAAAUACAUUUCAAAACGAUGAAAACAAGAUUAUAUUUCGAUAUCGAUCGAUCUGACGAAUGCCAUAAACUAUUAAGAGAGACAGAGGAUCUGGUAAACAGCAAUGCCUUUCUUGAAGAAGGAACCGCUGAUCCUGUUUUGGCACAUUUUUACUGGAUGAAGGGAAGGCUUUUGAACUCUACAAGCCAUUAUAAAGAUGCUUUGACGAUGAUGGAAAAGUCUAUUUCAUAUUAUCAAAAAGACUCGGCGUUGUUCAAGACAGAAAUUGCAAACAUAUAUAACACUAUUGGCGUAAUUUAUUAUAACCAAAGAGACUUUGAAAAGUCCGAGGCAUACCAUGAAAAGGCAAUCGAAGUAGCAAAAGAGCAGCUUUCGCAAGAGGAAGUUGAGGCAGUGGGAAUUAACAUGCAAGUCUAUUACACAAACAUCGCAACUGCUCUGGUUGCACAGUGGCAAAAACAAAUACAUUUGAGCGAAGAACCCCACAGUCCACUUUUGAUCAAAGCUGAAGAAUAUUACACUCGUGCUGUUCAUUAUGACCCUAUACCAUCAGAAAGCCGAGCAAAGAAACUAACUAAUCGUGGGAAGCUGUAUCUGAGAAUGGAGAAAUACGAUGAUGCCGAACAAGAUUUGUCAGAAAGUCUGCAAAUUAGAAAGGACGUAUCGAUCCCCCCUAACGCAAACCUGACACACGCUUAUCACAAUAUUGGGCGCUAUUAUUUCUUAAGAGGAAAGAAUCCAAAAACAGAAAACCAGUUGGAAUGCUUCAAGAAAGCUUUAGAAUACUAUAAGGUGGCAAAGUGUCAGAUAAGAAUAGGUGGAUUGUCAGUCACAGAUCCAGUAUACAAAGACAUCGUGAAAUUCCAUAAACUUACUCUGAAGGUCCUUAAUGAUGGACGUGGACUGGAGCAAAUAAAACAAUUUUAUCAGGAUUUUGAAUCUGGUAAAUUUAACAAGAAAAUUCGGAAAUGGAGGAGCAUUGAUGAAACGAUGACAAAAAGUGAGCGUCUGGCAUCAACAGGAAAAAGUUUUGAAACAUAUUCAGAAUCCGAGUCGGACGAUGACUCUGAUUCAGGGGAUGAGUCGACCUCUGGCAGCUCCUCUGGUCAAUCCUCAUCCAUCGAUAUCACAGACGAGGAGGAUCGAUCUGACAAUGUCAACAAAAAUUAUUCAGAUGAUGAUAGAAAUUCGCAAGAGUGCAUGAAUUUUGAAUGCGAAAAAGUUAAGUUGCUUACUUCUUCCUGCGAAAACGAUUCUGUUCUGAAAGCCCAUCUUCCUACAAUCGAUCAAUCGGAACGAGACAAGCUUGAUAGUGGAAUUGGAAGUUUGACCUCGGGUUCCAUGAGUUCAUUCUGCAGUACCGAAGACUUGCACAUCAAAAGAAGGCGACUUGUAUCCAUGCAAUCAGGUUCACUGGAUGACAAUGUGUUUACAAAUGAUGAAAAAUAAUACGUGCAAAAUGUAUGGUUACUUUGAAAGGGUGCUGUAAAGGUAAAAACAUAUUUCGAUCUCAACGGGGUAUUUUAAGGAUGAUGAAUAUUUACACCAUGAUUUAUAAAAAGCUCCAUUUUAGGUUACCAGGUAUAUAUAUAUAUAUAUAUAUAUAUAUAUAUAUAUGUAUAUAUAUAUAUAUAUAUGUUUUGCACGACUACACAAAUACGCGAAAGAAUGAAGACGAUAGUUUUCAAUUUUUCUUGCAUUAAAUAUUUCUUUUAAUUGCAUUGAACCGAAAAUGAGUUCUACCUUAAUAUUUUUUUUUAAAUACAUGGGUUUGUUUUAAAUGAGCCUGAGUUCGACCCUUUCCGUCAACUCCAAAAAUCUUGUGACAUCCAGUUUCGAUGUACAUGCAGUUCUAAUUUUUCUUACUUUACGCAAUGUACUAGAAUGUGUUUGUAAGGCAAUGCAGAUAAAUCGAAUGUAAACAAAAUCAAAGAGAUAAAUAGUACAAAAUUAUAGUUAUAAUCACAGCGGAUUUGACGGGUCACCAACAUUGUAGGGAAGUUGCGGUUUUUUUCCCUUUACAAUGUUGGUAAAUAUCAGAUCUCAGAGAGUAAAGGUAAAGAAAAAAGGAGUAUUUUGUAAAUGGUUUAUAUAAUAUGUGCUUUUGCAUGAGCGAAACAAAUACUGCUUUCAUUCCAUUUUAAUGGCUCACAUUACCGUAUACCAUAACUGAGGUCAAACCUUUACCUAAGUAAAAAUCAAAUAUUUCGCAGCAAUUUUAUUAUGUUUUGUGUUAUUAAUGGCAGCAAAUAUGACAAUUCUUUAUUUUUCUUUAUUUCUUUUAUUGUACAUUCAAUUUACAUUGCUCAUUAUAUACAUUGUACUAUGUAAAUUAUAACCAUAAUUUUUUUUUAGACAUUUGAUGAUUUACGCAAAUCAUAUUUGAUGCAAAUAUUUUAGCUAUUGUUUGUUUUGAGAUUUAUGUUUCGACAAAUAUGUAUGCAUGUGAACUUGAUUCAACAGCGUUAUGCUAAAACCGACAUAUUUCACUAGUCUGUUUGUUGCUAACAUGAAAGGUGAAGAUAACGAACAGUGAUCAAUCUCAUAACUCCUAUAAGCAAUACAAAAUAGAGAAUUGGGCAAACAAGAACCCCUGGAUAUACCAGAGGUGGAAUCAGGUGCCUAGGAGAAGUAAACAUCCCCUGUCGACCGGUCACCCGCCAUGAGCCCUAUAUCUUGAUCAGGUAAACAGAGUAAUCCGUAGUCAAAAUCGGUAUGCCAAGAACGGCCUAUAACAAUCGGUAUGAAACACGCCAGACAGCAUUUGACCCAAUGAUAGGUUGUAUUGGCAAACUAGAUCAUUAUAACGACCAUAUAAAUUGCGAAAUGCUGACUUUAAACGAAACUGUUGAAACCCCUGUAACAUCAACUUGUUUGUCAGUAACCUGUCUCAAUUUAAAAGGUUAUCAUACUCAGAACAAUCUCUUUCAUAUAGAAUCAUUUGAGAGAUAUAAACACCAUAAUUAUGUGGGUGAUCAUGGAAUAUUGUUACAUAAAUAUGGUAAGUUGACGAUGAAGAUCAUCCCCUUUGUCAUAAAGUUAAGUUGUUCAUUUGCCGUUAAUAUUCAUUUCCAGUAGAAUAUCUAAGUACGAAGCAGAUGUGGAGGUAUAUUACUAUGACGUAAUAGGAGAUUCGGGUCGUAUAGGUUUUUGCUAUUUUCACCCGUCUGUAUGUCCGCCAAAAUAUUGCUAUGACCAAAACUUUUGAAUGGAUGAUGAUUGGUCUUUUAUAUCCUUGUGACAAGACCUUUCUUUUGGUACCAUAACUUUUGACCACCUGAUUUUGACCUUGGGGUUUUUAACCCACAUUGAAAACCUUCAACCAUGUAUAUUCCUUGUGACGUGGUCGGUCAGUAUCAGAGUGCUCACUUCGCAACCGGGAGGUCGUGAGUAAGAGCCCCACUGAAACCUAAAACAUCAACAUAGGUAGUGAUUGCUCCUUAGUCAAACGCUCGGUAUUUAGACGCAAGAAUCACGAGUCUUUCGAAUAUGUCCUUUUUGAAGAUGAAUAUCCCGUCUCACUGUAGGCGCCGUUGGCACGUUAAAGAUCCUCACUGGUACAGCCUUGAGCUCUAGGCAUAGAUCUAAAUUUGUGGUACUUCCCCUUCAGCUGUUGACUCUCAAUUUGAAGGGAAAAUUCUCGACAGGACGUAAAAUAAUUAACCCUUUUUUGGGGUACCAAAGUUUUUUGGUCUCGCGACCUUGGCCGGGGUUGACAAACAGCAUGCAAACUCUGUAAAAUAAUAGGAAUAAUAUCAAUAUUGAGUACAUGUAUUAUACCGAAUUCACUCUCCAAUUGGACGUGCAUGAUUUUGUGUGCAAUGUAUACAUACAUAGUUUAUUGUAUAUAUUUUAUCAACAUGUUUUCUGUCAUAGUAACGCUUUAUGAGAAUAAACUUCUUUCACAACAAAAUA